AUGAUAUCCAUGUUGGCAUCUACUGCUGCUCUUCGGAGCCCCCGUCGAACAAUUCGACAGCAAACCAUUCCAGUGCGCCGAGUAUCGUCUCAUCAUCUCAAGCUUGCCCGCUACGGGCUUGAGGCGAACCGCGGCAAGGUGGUGUCGGUGACCCAUUUCGUGAAGCGCGAAGGUAACCUUCAGUGGCGCGGACCUAACGGCGAGGUGGUCGCACAGACCCACCACACUGCGGCGUCGAAUGAGACGGGUGGGGGUGCAGAACCUGAGUCUUUUACUAUUCGAGGGAGGCUGCUGAGGAAGCACAGUCCCUCUUCUCUUUCUAGCUAUAGCGCUGGUUGUAAAGCGACCAGUAUAUCAGCAGACAGAAUGCGUUUCAGUGAGAUCGCUAUUCUUACUUGUGCACCGCCAACCGCGGCAAUGGGCACGAGGCCAUGGCGGUGGCACAGCUACACACUGGAGGAGUCGUCGAGGGCGGUGCUGGAGGCAGUAACCGCGACAGCGAAUGGACUGCAGGAGGUGAUUGGGGGAGCAGACGCUCAUAUGAGGUGGUUCUCCAUGUCUGUCUCACACCCACCUCGCCGGGACGCUGUGUGUGCCGAGCUCACCGAAGAAGUCUAUCGCCUGAUCAACGAGGCGUAUCUACCCCAAAAGACUGCUGCAACACGCUCUGCAGGAUACUUCUACCAAAAUUGGCUGUUGCAGAGGGUCUGCAGCAGUCAUGGUCCAAUGCAAUUGUCUCCUUUUAUUCGCCUCCUCCAGAUGACUUAUCCAACAACUCAGCGUACAUUCAUGGAGAAGGUGCAGCAGCUGUACAGGACAAUUGACGACUCCACUGACGGCCAGGCAUCCAUCAUCGGAAUCGAUGAGAUGACGGUGAAGGUCUCUCUGCUACCCAAAUCCAGCUUCAACGCGCAUAUAGGCUUCACAUUGACGGCAAACUUCUCCUACAUUUUAACAAUUCUUGUAUGCAUUUGGAAACUUAAUUGA